GGGGCAGCCUCUGAGCCAAGCGUGCACGAUGCCACUCACAACAUACAUCUGGGGCUGCAUCUUCUACAUGCUCGGCAGCAUAUGCUUCGUGAUCGGCACCGGCUUCUACCUCGCCGAUGGCAUAAGAUUGGCCCAACAAGCAAAAUGAGGGCAUUCCUGCUCCUAGCCUGCGCAAAUGCACAAGUUCAUUUCACCUGCGACGUCGCGAAGGACGUCGCGAAAUACCAACAACUCCAGAAUUUAAAGUUACUCUUCGACGGGAGAAGGGUCGGCAACGCGACGCUCGGGCCGCUGAUGCGCAAGACGGGCUCGACGACGAUGCAGCGCUUCGCCGGGCCAACUGCAAAGCGCGUCCGGCGCCCCGCGGAUUACUUGGGUUCUAAUAUAGUGGCGUCCGUGCGGGACCCGAUCGAGCGCUUCGCGAGCGGCUACCGCCAGGUCGAGACGUUUUAUGAAUUGGGCUGGGUCCCGAAGCACUUUUUUAAGGGGCAAUGCGUCCUCAAAUGGACGCGCGACGACUGCGCGGGCAACCCGCAGAUGAAAUCGGGAUAUGUCCUCGCGAAGCGCAAAGUGCCCGCCGCGGCGGCCGCGCGGCGCCGGACGCGGCAGAUCCGGCGGCUCCUGCGCUUCGUUUCUGACGUCGAGCGGUGCGGCUUCUUUGAUGAUCACCUGUACCCCAUGGCGCCCUACUUCGCGGCGCUCGCGCGGGCGGGCGUGUCCAUGGACAGCGUAUCAUUGGUGAAGACGGACGAGCUGGACGCGAAGCUGCCUUCCGUAUUAGGAAAACCGAUGCGCGUGGGCACGGCGAUGGCGACGGCCGGCCGGGGCUGGGCGCGGACGCUCGUACAGGCGGCGACGGAUUCUGCGGAUCCGGACUGGGCGCUCGCGCGCGCGGCCGUGCGGCGCAUCUGCCGCCUGGUCGCCGUCGACUACGCCUGCUUCUCCUUCGAGCCCCCGGACCUGUGCCGCGUCGCGCUCGGCAAAGCGGUGGUGCCGGAGCCGUACCCACCACCAAUCUCCACGACGAGGCCGGCGCUCCCCGUCGCCGCGCUUCAGAAACACGCCUGCGUUUCAAAUGUUGAGGACCCCAUUAAGCGCUUACUACGAGCUCAUCAGACGUACGACGCCCAGUACCUCCUCGGCUGGCGCGACGCCGACGUCGACACCCUGGACCUGCGCUUCCCCGAGCGGCACUGCUUCGUGUGGCACCAAAUUGAUGAUCAUGCUCGUCACGAGGCCACCGACGUGCACGACUUCGGCCUCGAGCACAAGCUCGCGCGGCUGGCGGCCUUUGUUGAUGAUAUUGCUGCGAGGGGCUUCUUCGACGAGAGCCUCAGGCCGCAGACCGAACACAGGAAAGAAGCAUCGCCGGCGGCGUGCUUCGACAAGGUCCGGGCCUUCUGUAAACAAAGGCGCGUGCCCGUCGACGGCGGCCGGAAGAAUUUGCCGGAGACCGGCGGCGUCCAGUGCGCGCGCGAGUACGUGCGGUUCAACAGGGCGCUCGGGCCCUGCUCCCUGCACACGCUCCACGACUUCAUCUACGCGCACGGCGCCCGGCCGCGCGCGGAGCCGUGGGCCGUGGCGCGCGCGGAGCUCGUCGGGGCGGCGGCGAGCCUCCCCGUCGCGCGGCGCAUCCUCGCGACGGCGUGCGCCCUC